GUUACUUCCGUAACUCAUUGAAAACGUUUCCGUGUUCGUAGUGUGAGUGUGACAGAGCAAUGGACGCGAACCCUGUAAAAGCUAUAAUAUUUGACCUGGACAACACGCUUAUCGACACUAAUGGGGCUGGUCGAUUUGCAAUUCAGAAGACCCAUGCACUUUUGAAGACCACAUUGGCUCUUGACGAUGACACCAUCACCAACAUUUGUGAAAAGUUCAAGCAGAAGCUUCUGCAAGAGAAAUUUGACCCAGCAGCUGGCAGAUCCAUCGAUGAGCUCCGAGUGGGUCACUGGGACGAAAGUAUUAAGGAAAGUAUGGACAGUUGUUCAACACCCACCCUGGCAGCUCAGUGCUACUACAUGUGGAAAAAUAGUCGAUUGGAGCUACUUUGUCUGUCCCCUGAAAUCUGCAAUCUUCUAAAGCAACUUCGGAGGAAAUAUAAGCUGUUGCUGCUGACCAAUGGGAAUUCUCAAACACAAAGGGAGAAAGUUGAAGCAGUCGGUUGUGAAGCCUUUUUCGACAGGAUUGUGGUGGGAGGAGAUUAUGCUGAGCAAAAACCUUACCCCUCUAUCUUCAGACUGUGUUUUGACCUUCUGCAGGUGGAGGCCCAGGACUGUAUUAUGGUUGGAGACUCAUUGGACACUGACAUUCAAGGAGGGUUCAUGGCAAAAGUGCGUGCUACAGUUUGGAUUAAUAAUUCUGGUGAUGCAGUGCCCGUUGGUGCAGUGAAACCUGACUACAUACUUUCAACUGUAUUGGACCUGGAUGAUGUAUUGGCAGAACUAAAUUAGGGGUAAUUGGUGAUAUUAAAACCUGUAUUACUUGACAACAUGUUUCAAAAUCUGUUUUAUCAAAUAGCUUCGUUUUUAUCUAAAGCACCUUCUGUAAUAUGAAAAUAAAAAUCACACCACAGUGAAUGUCAUCAA